AUGGCAGGAGGACCCCUUAGCAUCAAGGAGGAGAUGGAAACAUCCCUGGCUGAAGAGCUGGUUCCUGGAAGCUAUAUGCAAAACCAAGAGCACCUGGUGAUAGCAGAAAUGAUGGAGCAUGGAUCUCAGUCCCUGGGUGCCUCUCGGCGGCGACAAAAGUUGGAUCCAAAGUCUGCUGGCUCUGCUGCAGGUCAACCGGUUUGGAAUAUGACUGCCACCCGGCCCAAGAAAACGGGGCCCCAGGUGCCAAUGCCCAGAAUGUUGAGAGAACCAGGCCAUGGUGAUGCCCACCCCCAGGAGUAUCCUGGUGGCUUCCAAAACACGAGAUUCCACUAUGAGCGCAACCCAGACGCAGAUAGGGUGGCAGAGAUUGGCCUGGAAGAGCUAAAUGGACUGGAGAUGGAAGUCAUGAGAAGACAGCUGCACGUGAUCACCAGCCGGCUGCGAGCCCUGGAGGACCAGGGUGCCACCUGGCGCCACAGGGAUGCUCUGUUCUUCACCAUGCUGGUGUCGGCCUGCGUCGCCAACCUGUGGCUGUGGAUGCGCCAGUGA